AUGACAAGUAUUCAACCACUGCAACAAAAAUCUAGAGACUAUGCUCGUGCCGAUUUCGAGCGAGGUUUCAAGGAAUUCAUGCACGGACACGUAGACGAUUGCAUCUCAUUCCGCUAUGUUCACAACCAAGAAGACGAGGACGACGAGGAUGAUCAGCUUGUGCGGAGGAGACGAAUAUCGUCUCAAAUUGAAGGCUCAGGAGAUGAUUACAACCAUCAAGAGAAGAAAUUGUGA